CGAGGAUGACAAAAGGAACAUCGAUCCCAAAAUCUUCAUCACUUUAUCGCCUUCACACAUUACCUCACUCUUGACUUGAGGCUAUAAACCCUCGAAACCUAUAUUGCAACAAUUCUACUCCACUGUACCAUCCUUAAAUCCUUUCUCUUUCCUUUUCAAAGCGACAAUCAUGGCAGACCUCGAUCAAACCAUUGUUGAGCAUGAUGUGGAUCAAGCGACCGUUCCUGGACUAGAUGUUGCUGUAGAUCAUGGUGUAGAUCAUUCUGAUCAUGGUCUGGAUCAUGGUAUGAAUCAUCCUGUUGAUCAGAACUUGGAACAUGCUGUUGAUCAGGGCUUGGAUCUCGAGACAGAUGGUUUGGCUGAGCAUAAUGUUGAUCAUGGUAUAGAUCAGAAUGUGGAUCAUGCUAUAGAACAUGAUAUAGACCAUGCAGAAGAUCAGGUGACUGAGACUUUUCAGGUUCAAGAAAAACAAGGGCAUGAUGAGGAUACAGUUGCUGGAAGUGGUGAAAAGAAGUGGCCUGGAUGGCCUGGGGAGAGUGUGUUCCGGAUGUUGGUUCCUGCACAAAAAGUUGGUAGUAUAAUUGGACGCAAAGGAGAGUUUAUUAAAAAAAUAGUUGAGGAGACAAGAGCUCGCAUUAAGAUACUUGAUGGUCCUCCAGGGACAACAGAAAGAGCUGUUAUGGUGUCUGCCAAAGAGGAACCUGAUUCGUCUCUUCCUCCUGCAAUGGAUGGGCUUUUGAGGGUUCACAAACGGAUUGUUGAUGGAUUGGAUGGUGAUUCUUCUCAUGUUCCCUCAGGCACAGGAAAUAAGGUUUCAACAAGGUUGCUGGUUCCAGCCUCACAAGCAGGAAGUUUGAUUGGAAAACAAGGAGGAACUGUUAAAUCUAUUCAAGAAUCCUCUAGUUGUGUAGUUAGAGUUCUUGGAGCAGAAGACCUUCCAGUUUUUGCUCUCCAAGACGAUAGAGUUGUUGAAGUAUUGGGGGAUCCAGCUGGUGUGCACAAAGCUGUAGAGUUAAUUGCUUCUCAUUUAAGGAAGUUUCUAGUUGAUCGUAGUAUAAUUCCAUUAUUUGAAAUGCAUAUGCAAAUGUCAAAUCCUCAAAUGGAGCGCAUGCCCCCUCAUCAAUCAUGGGGUCCACCUCAAGGUCUGCCUCCUCCGAAUGCUGGUGGGGGUCCUGGUUUUGGACAUAAUCCUCAAUAUAUGCCACCUCCAAGGCAAAUUGAGAAUUACUAUCCUCCAGCUGACUUGCCGCCUCCAAUGGAAAAACAACCACAUCAAGGUAUAUCUGCCUAUGGAAGAGAAGCUCCCAUGGGUGUCCAUGCAUCAUCAAAUUCCCAAGCAGCUCCGUCAAUGAUUACACAGAUUACACAGCAAAUGCAGAUUCCAUUAUCUUAUGCUGAUGCUGUUAUUGGGACAGCUGGUGCAAGUAUAAGCUACAUUCGGCGAGCUAGUGGAGCAACUGUUACUAUACAAGAAACUAGAGGUGUGCCUGGGGAAAUGACGGUUGAAAUCAGCGGAACUGCUUCCCAAGUACAAACAGCUCAGCAGCUGAUACAGAAUUUCAUGGCAGAAGCUGCAGCACCAACGCAGCCUCAAACAGGUGGAUCUGCAGAGCAAGGAUAUAAUCCUUAUGCUGCUCAUGGUUCUGUGUAUGCAUCUCCUCCAUCCAAUCAGGGACAUGCUGGCCAUACUGGAGGCUAUGGCUCGGUCUAUGGCACAAAUUACGGGUACUAGGCAGAAGCUAUCCAUUGGUCAUGUGAUUGAGCCUGUAAUGCUUUCUAAUUUAGUUGGUAAAAUUAUCAAAUAAUUUUAUCAAGACAUCUAUAAUGUUGUAUUUUGCUUUGUAUUGAGAUUCUUGGUUAGACCUAGUUACACGUUAGAUCUGUUGUGUGCAUUAGGCUAACCGUAGGAUUGCUAUUACAACAUUUUUUAUUGGCUUGUUACUUUGAACCUGGUCUUAUAUGUGAACCGUGUCACUUGUUCUGCUCUGU